AUGCCGCCCAGCGAGCUUGAAGAGGAGCUGUAUCCCCCUCCCGCUUUCUCCCUCACCAGCGUGGAUCACAAUCGCCUCCCUGUAGAGGUUGUCAAAAACAUCGUGCUCAUCAUGAAACGUUGCUGGCCGAACGCACUCAUUGCACUGGUUCGUGGCACAUACCAGCGCAGGCGCAGUGAUAAAAAUGCCCCUUGGAGCUUCGACGCCGCCGUCUGGGGACUAUGCGCGCGAGAAGUCCAAUUCAGCUCCAUCGUUAUCUCUGACAUUGCGCGGAGGAAUUCCAAGGAGGUGUUGGAUAGCGCUAGUCCUGCCCAGAGCAGUAUGUUUGCCGCAUUCCAGUCUGCAAUGAUGUAUCCGGAAUCCUGGGGCCAUGUUCAGAGCUUAGAUAUAUUGAUGAGUUUCAACCCGGAUGUCACUGUUGCUCCCGGUGCGCUCGAUGCUAAUGGGACACCGAUCGAUGUGUCGAACACCAUGAACUUCAUCGACAGCCCUCUCGAUGCGGAGAGCUAUCUCCCCAUUCGCACUCACCAAUUGCGGGCGAUCCUCAAGGCAUGCCCCAAAUUGUGCACACUGUCUUUGAACAGUAGCGGACACUGUCUGCUCCACACAGGGAACGUGCAGUUCUUUCCCACCGAGGCCACCUUCAGUGCCCUGAAAGCAAUCACACUCGUCCUUCCGGCAAGGCUGGAUCACUACGCUGUCCCUUUCCUACGACUCCAUUCCAAGACGAUAGAGUACCUAGCCCUUGACUACCACGCCGACCAGACACACUUUGAUCACUCGGCCAAUCUGGAAAUGCCGGCACUGCGUCAGUUCCGCUGCAACCCACCCACACUGCAUCUUUUACAAAACACCCCGGUGUUGGCGAUGAUAGCGUCGGAGGCUGUCUGUGUUCAAGAGAUCAAGCUGCACGAGUGCAUUCACAGUAUCACAUCAGACCUCGGCCGCCUCGACCUCUCCAACCUGUCCAAAUUACAUUUCAUGUUUCGGCAAACAGGACCCCGCGAUGUCGACCUCAAUCUCAUUUCAUCUAUCACUGCCCACUGUCCCCGCCUUCGCAUGCUUGAUCUCUCAAGUGUCUUCAAUGUGUCCCCAGGAUGGCCAAAUACCUGGACCAAACCGUCUCAUCGCGAAUCAGAUAUUGCCGAAGUGUGCCGGAUCGUGGCCAAAACCCUACCUGAGUUGGGAGCAUUUGGGUACCAUCACAGCCAUGAUCAAAACCUGCGUAAGGCAGCAAUGAUUACUCCUGACUUUGUAGACAUUGAGCGUGCGUGGGUCAUGAACAUCAAUGCGGGCUGUCCGAGAUUGCGCGCGCUCACCUUCGAUAACACUGCAUGGCCGAGCCACUGUGAUCGUUCCGCGCUCGUCGUAGUCUGGAGGAAAUUGAAUGGUGCGGCAUGGAAAUGUGGGCUGGAACAUCCCAAGGGAAUCACAGGUGUCGUUGAUUGGGCAAGGGGACAUAAAAUUCAAAAAAGCAAUUGA